CCAUAGAUUCUGUUCUGGUUAAUAGGUUCAAGUUUACACCUCUUCUUAGAAAAAAUGGCAGUGAUGGAUGAAAAAGAUCAUCAUUUUCCUAAAGGAAUGCGUGUUCUUGCUGUUGAUGAUGAUCGAACAUGUCUUAUAGUUUUGAAGACUUUACUCCAAAAGUGUCAUUAUCAAGUAACAACCACAAACAAUGCAAUAACAGCAUUGAAGCUAUUGAGAGAGAAGAAGAACAAGUUUGAUCUGGUAAUCAGUGACGUUCACAUGCCAGACAUGGAUGGUUUCAAGCUUCUUGAGCUUGUUGGACUUGAGAUGGACUUACCUGUCAUAAUGUUAUCUGUAGAUGAUGAUCCAAGAGUGAUGAUGAAGGGAAUCAUGCAUGGAGCAUGUUUCUAUCUGGUGAAACCUGUUAGAAUUGAGGAGCUGAAGAAUAUUUGGCAGCAUGUAAUUAGGAGGAACAAGAAUGAUUCCCAGGAGCCAGAAAAACCUAGUAACAACCACGAAAAUCCUGAUUCAGAUCAGAGUUCAAAGGCAAAUAAAAAGAGGAAGGAACAAGAAGAGGAAGAGGAAGAGGAGGAGGAGGAUGAAAAUGACCAUGACAACGGUGAUGAUCCGUCGGCGCAAAAGAAGCCUCGCGUGGUUUGGUCCGUCGACUUGCACCACAAAUUUGUCACUGCCGUCGAGCAAUUAGGCAUUGACAAGGCUGUACCUAAAAAAAUUCUUGACUUAAUGAAUGUUGAAAAGCUUACAAGGGAGAAUGUGGCAAGUCAUCUUCAGAAAUAUAGGCUUUAUCUGAGAAGAGUGAGCAACAUGUCAAACCAACAACACUCUAACAUUGGAUCAGCCUUCAGCAGUGCAGACACAUCAUAUCUGAGAAUGAAUCCUCUAAGCGGAAUUGGACAAUUACAAACACUCAAUAAUAACUCUGGUUAUGGCUUAAGAUCUUUUUCACCUUCUAACAUGCUUAAUAGAUUCAACACUCCUUCAGCCCUCAAUGCUCAUGGUUUCAAUUCCAAUGAUACCCAAUUUCAGUUCCCAUCUUCCGGCUUGCUCGGCCGCGGCCGCAGCAAUAACAAUCAGACUUAUCUCUCCGGAGGAGGACUUAAUUCUGUUCCAAACUUGAGCACUAUCUUUGAUUCUAAACAGAGUUUUGUUAGACAGAAACCAAGCUCUCCCAUUUUGGGAGUUUCCAACAAUGGUUUGAUCUUGGAACAGAAUCAUCAAGGUGGAAUCUAUGAUAAUAUUCCAAAUUCUGUAGGAUCUUCUUCCCAAGAACAAAUUUCAUUCCCUUCUUUACUUGAUCAUCAUCAUGGUAAUAGUUGCAACAAUGAUAUUUGGUCAAAUGAAUGCAACACUUUGAUGAAUUCUUCAACUUUUCAAGGUGGGAAUCUUAGUGGUGCUUCAUCAAUCACUUCACUCUCUAGCCAAUCCCAUGAUUCAUUCACUGAUUUGAAUUUCCAAGGAGUGAAUUUCACCAACAAUAACAAUAGUAACAAUGUGCAAUUUCAAGGGUGGAAUAGUAACAAUAAUAACAAUAAUCAGAAUGGAAAUUACCAUGCAUUGAGUGGCCUUAUUGAUCCAUUUUCAAAUUCAAGCUUCAACAGAAACUUGGAUUUUGAUUUUUGUGAUGCAUCGCAAAUGAAGCAUGAUGGGGUUAUUGAUUUGACUGAAGAUUCUUCACUGAAGCCACAUCAGUUGUACAAGACUCGGAACACUCACAUUUCUAAUAAUGCUGGUUCCUUGGAAGACUUUGUCAAUGAAAUUAUGAAACAGAAUUGGUUAUAG